GUUACAUGCGGACUUUUCCUCCGCUCCUCCGCUGCAGCCAACCGGAGCAGCUCCCCUCCGGACCUGCGCCAUCGUUGGAUCAUCGUCCGGUCCGCUUGCUCCGUUAAUACUUCAGUUUUACUACUCAACCCACUCAGAUUCAACAAACAGCAGCGACCCAUGCCCCGCCGGGUGAUUGCGUCAGGACGGUCCUGUCUUGAGUGCCGCCGGCGCAAGAUCAAAUGCGACCGAUCCUUGCCCUGUGCAUACUGUGUCCGGACGCAUAUACAGUGCACAUACCCUCAACCUAAAACAGGUGGAAAUGCCGACCAUUCCGUGGAUAGUGACCUUGUGGCCCGAGUGGAAAGCAUUGAAUGCAAGUUCCAGUCCCUAGAAAGAAGUCUAGCGCAGAUCAAACAACUCCUGCAUAUGAAUCCUUCAUCUUCCAGUCAGGAACAAGAUCAGUUGAGGCCUGAAAUUGAACAAGAUCGGUGUAGCUCCGGCUGGUCUGGUGCUUCUCAUUCUACUUCACCCAACGAUGGGCAACCUUGGCAGUCUUUUCCAUUGAGGCCGAACCCUUCACCCCCGCUAGAAACCCUUCAUCCUUCUCCAGCUGUAAUCGCAUUCAUCUGGCAGACCUACCUGGAUGUGGUAGAUCCAGUGGUAAAAGUUUUCCAUGUCCCGACAGUGCAAAGGCAGGUAGUGAGUGUCAUUCGAGGCCGAUCUAACCUCGAUGCCCCCACAGAAUGCUUGAUCUUUGCAAUUUAUUACUCUACCGUAGUGACCAUGUCGGCAGUAGAGUGUCGUGAGGAGUUUGAUGAGGAGAAAGCCGUACUACUGACGCGGUACCGAACGGGAGUCGAGCAGGCUCUUUCACGCGCGAACUUCCUCAGGUCCCUGGAUUUGACGGUUCUGCAGGCAUUUGCUCUCUAUCUGAUAUGCGGCAGAAAGGACGAGAAUGGACCCGACGUAUGUACACUUAUAGGGGUUGCCAUCGGAACUGCCAUGAAGAUUGGUCUCCAUUGCGAUGGAGCUGGUCUAGAUAUAUCCCCUUUCGAGGCAGAAAUGCGUCGCCGGCUCUGGUGGCAGAUCUGCACUUUGGAUGUCCGAACGGCGGAGGACCAUGACUCUGAACCGACCAUCCUCGAAUCUGCCUUCAAUACUGAAUUGCCGUUGAACAUCAACGACACUAGCCUGGAACCCGACAUGAGUGAACUGCCUCAAAGUCAGCUUGGUAAAACCGAGAUGACCUUUACGCUGGUCCGGUUUGAAGGGAGCCAUUUUGCGCGAAGAGUGAUAUUUUCAGACAGGUUCUGCCGCAUUAACACAUACCCAAUCUUGAAUGAGGCACAGAAGUGUGAGGCAAUAGAGCAAUUCAAGGGGCGUAUAGAGAAACGAUACUUGUCGUAUUGCGACAAAGAAGUCCCACUUGACUUUAUCACCGCUGCCUCCAUUCGUUUGAUUUUGGUGAAAUUGAAAUUGGCAGUAUGCAGGCUACGGAGGGAUCAGGCUCCGGGCAUGCUUAUUCAAACAAAUUACCGGAGGACUUGUGAGGAAGUCCUACAGCACGCCCAGAUGCUGCGAAAUUACGAGAAGGGCAAAAGAUGGCUCUGGCUUUUUCAGACCUAUGUCGAAUGGGACUCACUGGCUUAUCUCCUGCUCCAUCUCUGUAUAGCGCCCCCGGAGGAGCAGUCUGACGCGGUGUGGAAAACUGUGAACGAGAUUUACCACCACUGGAAAAGUGAAUCAGAUAUCUAUCAUGAUCGCCGCUGGAGGCUUAUUGAAGAGCUUCGAUUCCAAGCUUUUAUCACACGGGGUAGAGGGCAGACAAUCCCUCAAUUGCCACGGGAGACGCAACCGGAUCAUUACAAAACACCUGAACAACGUGGUAUUGGAUCUGCGGUCAGGCUAUACAAAGACUCGUCCACCGGAGCCCAACAGACAACAAACACCGUGAUUGAUCAGCCAUCUAACGUGGAAGCUGCUGCUCACGCACACCUAUCGCCCAUGGCAAUGGUUGAGAUAACCGAGUCCAAUCCUGUCACUGAGCAACUCUUCCCCAUGGGUACGCUCAUCAACGCGGCGACUGCGACAUCUGCAAUCCAACCAGCGGAAGUGGCGGUCUCGAGUGCUGCUGAAUUGCCGAGUGGGGAUACUGGUUGCGAGUGGAGUGCAGCACUAUUCGAAGUGUUUUGGGAUCUCACUGGAUCUGGACAAGGUGCCUCUGUUUCAUGGCUGUAA